AUGAAGUUCAAUACCGCUGCUGCCGCCGCUCUUCUUAGUGCCUCCGCCUUGGCCGCUCCGGCCGCCAUCGAAGUCGACUCAGGGACCCCGUCGGCCACGUAUAAGAUCAAGGACUUCACCACCCGCAAGUACGACGGCCGGAAUAUCGAUAUUGUUUCAUUUAAAAUCGCAGCUUUCAACGGCGAGACCCUGAGCGAGUGCUCUUCGACGAACGACGAAAGCUUCGUGGUGAACCAACGUUACACUUGCGACAACUCGCGCUUCAGCUUCACCUACGUUGACUACUACGACUGGGUUAAGCCCACAGUUCUCACCAUCCGCGAAGAAACUACUCGGUCGGAGGUCAUUGGCGGAUCUACCAGUUUCAUCACGCCCCCCUGCCGCGCUGGCGGCUCUAAUCCCAAUGACCUCGUUUGUCAACUCCCCGACAGCCAUGAAGUUGAGACGGCCGCCUCCAACAGCUUCAGCUACCAACUGCUUCGGACCGCCAUCCGGCAAUAUCCAAAGGACCGCACGCUGCGCCUCAUCCGCAAGACACCGCAGCAUGUAAUCGCCGCGCCGCCGGCAGACGGCCGCCAAUGCCCGCUCCACACGGCAUGCCAGGUGCUCGACGCCGACAUUGUCGAGGCCCUGCUGGAAAAGGGCGCCGAUGCCAACGUCCGGACCGCCGACGGAGAAACGCCACUGCACUGCGCACUUUCAUCCGUGGCUCCGCGGAAAGCGGCGUUCAAGCCAAUUCGGCUCAAGAUCGUCACCAUGUUGCUGGCCGCCGGCGCCUCUGUCUCGGCCGUCGACGAAGACAGAAACAGUGCGUUGCACCUGGCAAUCCUGUACGGCUACAUCGACUGUGCCAGGGUGAUGCUGGCGCGCGACGACUUCGCCCUCAGCAUCCCCAACAAGCGGGGUGAGAUACCGCUGUUUGUCUCCGGCACCGACCAGCGCUCCGCCGCGACGCCCAUGGACAUGGCCGAGUUCCUCACGCGGUGGCACAUUCUCAACCGCCCGCUGCACCGCGCCGUGGCGUCCGGAGACGUCUCUGCCGUGCACCAAGCACUGGACGCCGGCGAAGACGUCUCGGCGCGAAGCAUGCUCGGAGACGCAGCCAUCCACUUGGCCGCCCUGCGUGGUGACGCCAACAUGGUCAGCUUCCUGCUUUCCAAAGGCGCCUGCGGGAGCCAGGCCGGCUACCUCGGCCAGACGGCCUUGCACCGCGCAGCAACAGCCUGCGGCCCGCCAGACCACGCACACGGGAUAGACGCCCCCGUGCAAAAGUCCUGGACCGACCCCGAAACCGCCUUAUUCCGCGCCGUCAGCGAGUACCGCCAACACAGCGGCAACGCACCAUCAACAUCCCCCCAACACCUCACCGUCGCCCAAAUCCUCCUCGACGGCGCCGGCCUCACCCCCAACAUCCCCGACGCCCUCCUCCGCACGCCCCUGCACCUCGCCGCCGGCGCCGGCAACGAGCCCAUCGCCCAGCUCCUCCUCUCCCACGCCGCCGACCCCACCGCGCCCGACGUCGACCUCCGCACCCCCCUCUGGCACGCCGCGUCAUCCAACAACAUCUCGCUCCUCUCCACCCUCCUCCACCACGGCGGCACCGCAGCCCUCCACCUCCGCCCCUCGCCCCUCCGCGACGUCGGCCACCUCGCCGUCCGCUGCGGCCGCCGCUGCGUCACCCCCGCCAUGCUGCACGGCACCAGCACCAGCACCACCGACGGCGACGGCGACGCCCGCGGCCGCACGCCGCUCAUCCACGCGGUGCAAGAAGGCGCGCUCGCUCCGACGCAGCACCUCCUCGAUGCCGGCGCGUACGUCGGGCAGCAGCUGGGCGGCAGCGGGCAGGGCGGACACGGCGGCGGCAAAGGCAGCGGCGGGUGGUCGCCGCUGGUGCAGGCGUGCGACAGGCGGCGGUGGGAGGUGGCGCGGGUGCUGCUGGAGGCGGGGGCGGACGUGCGGGAGCGGGAGGGGGAGGGGAGGACGGUGGGCGGUGGGGGCGGCGCGAACAUGGCGUUGCAUUUGGCGGCGCGGGGUGGGUCGGUGGAGGUCGUGGGGCGGGUGCUAAGGGCGGAGACGCGGGGGGAUCAGGAGCAGCAGAGUGCGGAGAGGGAGCGGGAGCGGGAGCGGGAGCGGGAUCAGCGGGAUCAGCGGGAGAGGCCGGCGGGGCCGUCGCGGCGGUCGAGCGUGCAGUCGUUUCGGUCGACGAUUACGAUGCAGUCGACUUGGUCGGGGGCGACCAAGGUGGUUAAUCCGGUCGGGAAGCAGAUUGGGUUUUAUCGGUGGACGCCGCUGCAUUAUGCGGCGGGUAUGGGGCAUAGGGGGGUGGUGUGCAUGUUGCUGGGGAUUAUGGAGAGGAUGGAGAUUAUUGCACGCGAUAUCGAUGGGUUUACUGCGCAGGAGCUGGCAAAGGGAGCGGGGUAUGAGGAGAUUGAUCGGCUUAUUGAAGAGCGCUUGGGUUGA